GAUAUAGGCUCCAGCCUGAGUGAUCUCCCUUCCGUGGGGACGCGCUGAGCGGCGAGCGACGGAAAUCCGGGCGCAGAACGGAACGCGCGCUUUUACAUGUUGGAGGCAGCGCGUGUUUGUAGUUUGGAGACCCGCGUUCGCGCCUGCAGUGGAGGGGAUGGUGCAGUUUAUCCGCUGCGUUGCAUAACGCUUCUCCUGGAAUUGGCCAUUGCACGGGAUUGCUCCUUUACUCGACGGUGAAGUUUUCCCGAAUUGUGGAUUACAGCAAGGCUGCGACCCACAGACCACCACAGGAAACGAUGUGGAGGUGUUCAGACUUGCAUACCGUCGGAACCGCACCGGGGUGCUAACCAAGCAGCGAAGGCAAUCACAAUUCUAUGAACGAGUACGAGUUUGGAAAGGGGCGUAAUUGUUUCCAGCUGGCCGGACUGGAGUUCUCUUUGGAUUUAUCAUGAUUGUUUUGCAUUUUUUCAGCGUCCUGGUUAUAUUAGGGAAAGCGGUACAGUCCAUGGCCCCCUCCUCUGCCCUGGCGGUGGAGAGCACCCAGGGCUGGCGGGCCGCGGUGGACUGCGUGCGGGCCAGCGACCUGUGCAAUCAGAACCCGCAGUGCAGCUCACGGUACCGCGUCAUGCGGCAGUGUCUGGUGGGCACGGACCGCGCUGCCAUGCUGGCCAACCGCGAGUGCCAGGUAGCGCUGGAGGUGCUGCAGGACAGCCCGCUGUUCGACUGCCGCUGCAAGCGCGGCAUGAAGAAGGAGCCGCAGUGUCUGCAGAGCUACUGGAGCAUUCACCUGGGCCUGGCUGAAGAAGAGGAGUUCUAUGAAAACUCGCCCUAUGAGCCCAUGACUGUGCCCCACCCUGACGCCUUUCGACUGGCCUCCAUAAUCUCAGGUAUGGACCCAGGGAAAGGGGGCCACUGCAUGGAUUCGGGGAAGCCCUGCAACCCCUGCCUGGACGCCACCAAGGCCUGCAACCUGAACGAGGCCUGCAAGCGGCAGCGGAAUGACUACAUCAAGGCAUGCCACCGCGGCGCGGGCCAGCCGCUGCCUGCCGAGCCCUGCUACCGCAAGCGCUGCCACCGCGCCCUGCGCCAGUUCUUUGACCGCGUGCCCAGCGAGUUCAGCUACCGGCUGCUGUUCUGCACCUGCCGCCACCAGGCCUGCGCCGAACGUCGCCGGCAGACCAUCGUCCCCGCCUGCGCCUUCGAGGAGAAGACCCGCCCAAACUGCCUGGAGCUACGCAGGGUCUGCCGCUCAGACCUGCUCUGCAGGUCAAGACUCGCUGAUUUCCACAUGAACUGCCAGUCCACCCCCUACACCAUCACCAGCUGUCCCAACGACAACUACCACGCCUGCCUGACCUCCUACGUCGGCCUCAUUGGAACCGAUGUGACCCCAAACUACGUUGACGCCAGCUACACCAACAUCAGCAUCUCCCUGUGGUGCAGCUGUCGCGGGAGCGGGAACCAUGAGGAGGAGUGUGAGGCCUUCCUGAGAGACUUCAAGGACAACAGCUGUCUGAGAAACGCGAUCCAGGCCUUCGGUUACGGGCCCGACGCCCUUCCCAAAGUCACGCCCCCACCAGCGGCUCCCACCACAAGCGCAGGCCUCGUGCCAGUGAGUGUCUCCAAGCAACCGCUCAGCUCCAAUGAGGUGAAGCCGGGUGGUGAUGCCUGUGUCCUCUCCACCUGUGCCAGCCUGAAGGAGACUGGCUCAAAGUGCAAUUCCGCCUCUGGCUCCGUGUGUGAAGACACGACACUACUGAGGCCCAACAUGGAGAGCUCAGAGUCCCGGGGGUCCCCUAAAAUGGAGGACGAGGAGGAGGAGCACUCGUCCGGCACCCACCUCUGUUUCCGAGCAGCUAUGGUGUUCACGUCCAGCCUGAUGGUCAAGCUGGCCCUGUAA